GCAAAAGUUAUCGUUAGAUUCCAAAGCUAACACACAUGGAGAACAUAGAGCACAAGCAGAUACGCGUAAACGGAAUCAAUAUGCACGUAGCCGAAAUAGGCCAGGGUCCGGCUAUCCUAUUCCUCCACGGCUUCCCGGAGCUCUGGUACACGUGGCGCCACCAGCUGCUCUCCCUCUCCGCCAAGGGCUACCGCGCCAUAGCCCCCGACCUUCGCGGCUACGGAGACACUGACGCGCCGUCUUCCGCUUCCAGCUACACCGUUUUCCACAUUGUCGGCGACCUAGUCGCCCUGCUCGACUCGUUAGGCCUCGACAAGGUCUUCCUUGUCGGCCAUGACUGGGGUGCCUCCAUCGCCUGGCACUUCUGCUUGCUUCGCCCUGAUAGAAUCAAGGCACUCGUCAAUUUGAGCGUUGCUUUCAGUCCGAGGAACCCUAAGCUCAAGCCGGUCGAAAGAAUGCGCUCAAUGUUUGGUGAUGAUUACUAUAUUUGCAGAUAUCAGGAACCUGGAGAAGCAGAGGAGGAAUUCGUUCGUGCUGGUACUGAUAGAAUAAUUAGGAAAUUCUUAUCAAAUCGUGAUCCAAGUCUGCCUAUAGUACCUAAAAGCGUAGGGUUUGGGGGACCACCUGAUGAACCCAUACAAAUGCCUUCUUGGUUAUCAGAAGAAGAUGUGGACUAUUAUGUGAGCAAGUUUGACCACACUGGCUUCACUGGUGGAUUAAACUACUAUAGAGCACUUGACUUAAAUUGGGAGCUGAUGGCACCAUGGACAGGGGUACAGAUAAAGGUUCCUGUUAAAUUUGUGGUCGGAGAUCUUGACGUCACCUAUAACACUCCUGGUGUGAAGGACUACAUCCACAAUGGUGGGUUCAAACGAGACGUUCCAUUUCUGCAGGAGGUGGUUAUAAUGGAAGGGGUGGCACACUUUUGCAACGAGGAAAAACCAGAAGAUAUUAGUCUGCACAUAUAUGACUUUAUUCAGAAGUUCCCCUAACUCAUUGCUUGAGUGUGUCGAAGUCCCACGAAUAUAAAUAUAAUUGUAAUUGUUCCUAUAUAACAUGAAUUAUGUAUAACUUGCUAGCUAUUGUAUGUAAUAUUUAGUGAAAUAAAAUAAAAUACAUGUAUGUUAAAUGUUAAGGUGAAAUAAAAGAAAGUUAAAUUGUAUGUUGAUGCACAUUUUUCUACUAAGGAGAGGCUUGGGAUUCUCCUUUGUCCUGACCCUCCAUUUGCACUUAAAUUACCUGCAUUUCUCAUUUCCAUUACAAUUCCAGCAUUUAUUUUAAUUUUCACCUCCCACACCAUAAUUGAGAAUUGAGAAAGAAGAAAAAAAUGGCAGCCAGAUUUUUCUGUUUCCUCCUUCCUAUCUUGUCCCUAACCUUCAAUGUUCUCUUGCAACUUGCGGAUGCUGGAGCACAGGUGGACCCCAAUCUCAUUUCCCAGGCAUGCGACUACGCUAAAGCUGGGAAGAGCUGUGUGGUUUGGCUGCAAGACAACGAGAACGAUGCUGAGCUAUCCGGCAUUAACAAAUCUGAUCUAAACAGCAUAGCCUUCUUCGCGCUCAAGAAGAUCGAGAAAGAGGCGGUCACGGUGGCGGAAGCGGUGUCGAUGAAGCUCUCCAGCGGCGCCACCGAGGAUUUGUCACCCGCCACCCAGCAGGGACUCUCCGAGUGCAAAGAUCAUUACAUCCCGGCCGUCGAUUUGAUUGAAGAAGCCGUCGACUCCGUGGCCAACAAAGCGUACCCCGACGCAAUGAAGUUCCUUAAAGCCUCCACCCUCGACCUCACCGCCUGCCGGAAGAGCCUCGCCAAGCUGCACAUGGACGGGAAGGAGGCGAAGGCCGACGUCCACGCCACCAUGGCAAUCAACCACCGUGAUGCUCUUGCGUCACAUGUCGAGAUGGCUCAGAGUAUCCUUGAAUUCGCUGCCUCCGGUGGCGCUGCUGCCUCCGUUGCUGCUCCGCCAUCGUGAAUCUUAAUACAUGGGACAAUAAAAUAUCUCUCAACUCUCUUUCAUUACAAUUAAAAAAAUGUGAAUUUACAUUAAAUAUACCUUCAUAUUCAAACAAUUGGGAGAUCUAUAUGUUCUCUAAUAUAGUUAAAUGGUAUAUACAGUCUCUAAUAUGUAAUUCAAGAACAUGUUUGUUACAAAUUUACAAUUUAUUUUGUUUGAAUGAUAACAAAACAUUGAAGGUAUUUUUG